UAAGCGCUUGAAGCAGGGGGACAUUUUGAAGCUGUGAUGAAAGAAAGGGAAACAAGAAGUAUCAAACAGAAUAUUUCUUUAAAGAGUCAUUUUUUUGGCGACGGAGAUCGGAAGUUUUGGUCAAAUACCGCACAGUACGAAAUGCACAUCCGCGAAUAUGUUCGUCUAAAGGAAAUUUGACUUAAAUGAUAUUGGACAUUUGAGGAAGUAAUAUCGAAAAAACUCUCUACUCUACAGGAUUUUUAACGCGUUUGAAAUGGAGGAAAGUUGCAUCGAACGACAAGAAGAGGAGCUUCAAGCUCUUCAAGCUAUUUACAUGGACGACUUCCAAGAUUUGAGAGAAGAGCCUGAUGAACCUCCAAAGGUUUGUUUAAAGUUGACUCCAUUGCAAAGUGUUGUGGCCAAGGAGGUCUAUGCCAGAGUUGAUUUGAUCAUACAGUAUACAGCAGACUAUCCUAAUCGGAGUCCAAAGCUGUCUAUGUGCAAUGCUGAAGGUAUUUCAGAGGAAGAUGUUAAUAAGCUUCAAACUGAGCUUUGCAAAAUGGCUGCUGAUCUUGUUGGUGAGGUUAUGGUUCUGCAAUUAGCACACCAUGUUCAAACAUGUCUUCAUCAACACAACAAACCACAGUUAUCAUUUUAUGAUAAAAUGAUGGCUGACAAGCGUAAAGAGGAGGAGAGACUCCAAGCUGUUGAGCGUCAAAGACUGCAGAUGGAAAUUGAAGCUAACAAAGAACGGGAAGAAAAUGAGAAACGUGAAGUAGAAGAAGAACUACAGAGGAGAGAUGAAGCUAUGAAAGAAAGCAAAAGACGGAGAACUAUUGUUAUUCAAGAAAAGAACACCAAGGCAGAUCCAGCGGCUCAGAGUACAAAGACAAAAGAUCCUGGCACCAGUCCAACAAAGGAAGUGCCAGUUCAGAGAAAGCAAUCUGGGAAUACCACGGCACUUACACAAGCUUUCCCGUCGCCCAAGAAAACAGAGGAAAGGCCUUCUGGCUACAAUAUCAUGAGACGAAGGCGGAGCUCUGAAAGUGUGGGUGAUGAAUCCUUCACAGGGACACGAGUGAUCCACUUCACCAGCAGAGGGGGACAUAUCGUGCAUUGUGGAAAAUGCCUUGGUCAGGGAUCAUCUGGUUCCAAAGUUUACAGUGGCAUGAACAUUACCAUAGGUGAUCUUGUGGUGGUGUGUGAAUGGAUUUUGUCGUCACUUCAUGCAGGACCUCAGAUGCGACGCACGCUUAGUAUCACUGACAACCAGCAACAAGAUCCACAAGCAAGGCUUAUGAAACAGGUAUUCAGUAUAGAGCAGGAGACUUUGUCCUUAAUCAAUCGCGUCAGUCAUCCAAACUUGACACACUAUUUAGCCGUUAAUGUCCAGGAAGAAUCUCCCACUGUCAAAGUCCAGUUUUAACCCCAGUCGUAUCCGGUAGUUUAGCGAACGGCCAACAGGAAGUUGGGAAGAACAAUGGAAACGCAGGGGAUGAUGGGCCAUCGCACCUGAUUGACCAACCGGAUCGCGAAGAGCCUAUGUCCAACUUCUCAUUCUUCUCGGGAGUUCCCGGAAAAUCCCGAGUGAAAUGCGAGUAUGAGGAGCUGCAGUUUCUCGGAAAAGGAGGUUUUGGAAAUGUCAUCAAGGUACGAAAUAAGCUGGACAACUGCCUUUAUGCUGUGAAGCGGAUUCCUCUGAAUCCAAAGAGUACUCAGUUAAACAAGAGGAUCAUGCGUGAAGUACAGCUGAUCAGCCGCCUGAAUCACGAGAAUGUCGUUAG